GACUCCCAACCGAGACCCGGCCUGCGACUCAUCCACCGACGUCCACACAUACACCACGAACCUUGCAAAGAGUUCAUUCGUACAGUGGUUGUGGUGAGCCCUACAUACACACUAUGUCUCCCGCGUGUUCCAAGAAGUCAAAAGUUGCUUUGGCAGUUGGUGCAAUUUUGUUAUUCGAAAAUGAAAAACAGAAAAAACGGAUUUGGGUGAAAAAGUGGUUGCAAAAGAGAGAACAUUUUACGCAUUUACGUUUAUUGAAAUGUAUCCAAUCCUCUGAGCCUCUUGAUGUUAUAAAUUAUCUCCGAAUGGAUUAUAACACAUUUCAAGAAUUAUUAAUGUUAAUAGAACCUCUUAUAAAAAGGGAAAAUACUGUAUUCAGAGAAUCAGUUACUGCUGAAGCACGGUUAGUGGCAACUUUGAGAUUUCUGGCAACAGGGAGGAGUUACGAAGACUUAAAGUUUUCGUGUAUAAUUUCUCCUCAGUUACUUGGAAAAAUCAUUCCAGAAACGUGUCGUGCUAUAUACAUGUCCCUCCGGGAAAAAUACUUGCGGUUUCCCUCAACAGAAGAGGAAUGGCUUCAAAUAGCAGACCAGUUUAAGAAAAUGUGGCAAUUUGAAAAUUGCUUAGGAGCCGCAGACGGCAAACACAUAGCAAUAAAACAGCCGCCAGGUAGUGGAUCAUACUUUUAUAACUACAAAGGAUUCUUUAGCGUUGUAUAUAUCGGAGACGAAGCGUUCAGUCUUAUGACGAAUUUUAUGAAACCCUACAGACACACCACCAGAAUUGACUAUGGGGAAAAAAUGUUUCAAUUAUCGACUUUCCCGUGCGCGUCGUGUAGUCGAAAAUGCGUUUGGAAUCCUGGCCAAUAG